UCGAGGCAGUCGAAAGUGAUGGGAGAGGAUUGGCCGGCAUCGCUCCUCCUGUGUUCUAGAGAGUUCGGACUGGGAACAAUAUUGAGGAGGCGCGGCCGCUCCCACACACACUGAUUGUUAGCGGGGAUCAGGACCCGUCACACCCACUCACUCAGGGCAAAGGCAGCCUGCGGUAUCAGCGACAGCCGCUGUAAGCCGUCAAAACGACACAUUAGGAGUACAACGAAGGAAGCAUGUCCAAGGGACCAGCAGUUGGUAUUGACCUGGGCACUACCUACUCCUGUGUAGGAGUGUUUCAGCAUGGCAAAGUGGAGAUCAUUGCCAAUGACCAGGGAAACAGGACCACACCCAGUUAUGUUGCAUUCACUGACACAGAAAGGCUGAUUGGGGAUGCAGCCAAGAACCAGGUGGCUUUGAACCCUAACAACACAAUAUUUGAUGCCAAACGUCUCAUUGGACGCCGGUUUGAUGACAGCGUUGUCCAGUCAGACAUGAAACAUUGGCCUUUUACAGUUAUCAAUGAUGCUUCACGGCCCAAAGUAAAGGUGGAAUACAAGGGUGAGACCAAGACCUUUUACCCAGAGGAGAUCUCCUCCAUGGUACUCCUUAAAAUGAAGGAGAUUGCGGAGGCAUACCUUGGCAAGACUGUAACAAAUGCCGUAGUGACAGUGCCUGCGUACUUCAAUGACUCUCAGCGCCAGGCCACCAAAGAUGCAGGGACCAUUUCUGGGCUAAAUGUCCUUCGUAUCAUCAAUGAGCCCACCGCUGCUGCCAUUGCCUACGGCCUGGACAAAAAGGUUGGAUCAGAGAGAAAUGUUCUCAUCUUUGACCUGGGUGGUGGCACGUUUGAUGUCUCCAUACUGACAAUUGAAGACGGCAUCUUCGAGGUGAAGUCCACAGCAGGUGACACACACUUGGGCGGUGAAGACUUUGACAACCGGAUGGUGAAUCACUUCAUCUCUGAGUUCAAACGCAAGUACAAGAAAGACAUCAGCGACAACAAGCGGGCAGUGCGUCGUCUGCGUACAGCAUGUGAGAGGGCCAAGCGCACCCUGUCAUCCAGCACUCAGGCCAGCAUCGAAAUCGACUCUCUGUACGAAGGCAUUGAUUUCUACACCUCCAUCACCAGAGCCCGGUUUGAGGAGCUGAAUGCAGAUCUGUUCCGAGGAACCCUGGAGCCCGUGGAAAAGGCUCUUCGUGAUGCCAAGAUGGACAAGGCUCAAAUCCACGACAUUGUCUUAGUGGGAGGUUCAACCCGUAUUCCCAAGAUCCAGAAGCUGCUGCAGGAUUUCUUCAAUGGGAAGGAACUGAACAAGAGCAUUAACCCUGACGAGGCAGUGGCCUACGGUGCAGCUGUGCAGGCGGCCAUCUUGGCAGGUGACAAAUCUGAGAAUGUGCAGGACUUGCUGCUGCUCGAUGUGACCCCCUUGUCUCUGGGCAUUGAGACUGCUGGAGGAGUCAUGACUGUUCUUAUCAAGAGAAACACCACAAUCCCCACGAAGCAGACACAGACCUUUACCACCUAUUCAGACAACCAGCCCGGUGUGCUCAUUCAGGUGUUUGAGGGUGAAAGAGCCAUGACCAAGGACAACAACCUCUUGGGGAAAUUUGAGCUGACUGGAAUCCCCCCGGCCCCUCGUGGAGUUCCACAGAUUGAGGUGACAUUCGAUAUUGAUGCCAACGGCAUUAUGAAUGUGUCUGCAGUCGACAAGAGCACUGGCAAGGAGAACAAGAUCACAAUCACCAAUGACAAAGGUCGCUUGAGCAAGGAGGACAUCGAGCGCAUGGUCCAGGAAGCAGAGAAGUACAAGGCGGAGGAUGAUGUGCAGAGAGAGAAGGUGGCGGCCAAGAAUGGUCUUGAGUCUUAUGCCUUCAACAUGAAGUCCACUGUGGAGGAUGAGAAGCUGAAGGGCAAGAUCAGCGACGAGGACAAACAGAAGAUUCUGGAUAAGUGUAAUGAGGUCAUCAGCUGGCUGGAUAGAAACCAGACUGCAGAAAAAGAGGAGUUUGAACAUCAGCAGAAGGAGCUGGAGAAGCUGUGCAACCCCAUCAUGACCAAUCUUUACCAAAGUGCAGGAGGGGUUCCAGGGGGGAUGCCCGGUGGCUUCCCCGGAGGGGGAUCUGCUCCUGGAGGGGGAGGUUCCUCUGGCCCCACCAUCGAGGAGGUCGACUAAACCAAAGCUUGAACGAUGUGCAUGAGCUUGUUCCCUUUGCUCUUGUGACAUUUGUGUGAGAGUACCGUUCAUUUUAUCACAGAAUUAUCGAAAAAGUCAGAACCAUUAACUUCUGUUCUUUGGCGACUGUCUGAACUUCUUUAAAUUUUUUGUAUGCCAGGCUUAAGGCAGCACCUGCACUGUGACUUUAUGGGGAAAAAAAAAGUCCUUUUUGACAACCAAGUUCCUUUGAAUUAAGCUAGUUCACAUUUGCAUUCUCAGUUUUUUUUUUUGAGUUGGUAUAUGAAGCUAAAUCUGUUGCCUGUUGCACAAUAAUUAACAAAAUUCAACAAAAUAAAAGUUUCUCAUGA